CUAGGAGGAUAGGCAGAGAGUAAGAUUAAGAGUCAGAAGAAGAAGACUAAAGAGGACUGAACUUCUCCAGCUGUGCUUUAUUUUACAAAUUAGUGGCUAGAAAGUUCUCACCAUGAGAAUAAACAUCUUGCCAUUUUUGGUCCUUGGGGCCUGCACUUUAAGUGCAUGGUGCCACCCAGUUAAAUCCAAAUUUUUGACCUUUCCAGGGGAUUUAAUAAAAAACAUGACAGACAAACAGCUGGCUGAAGACUACCUGAAGCGCUUUGGUUAUAUGCAGGUUCUGGAUAAGAGUGGUUUGCAGGCAACAGUGUCUACUUCCAAGGCUCUGAAGAGGUUGCAAAAUCAGCUGGGUCUGGAAGAGACUGGCAAACUGGAUCAGCCAACAAUUGAUGCCAUGAAGAAGCCACGCUGCGGUGUACCAGAUGUCCGCAACUACCAGACAUUUGAUGGAGACCUGAAAUGGGAUCACAAUGACGUUACGUACAGGAUUCUGAACUACUCACCAGACUUAGAUGCGUCUAUUACUGACGAUGCCUUUGCCAGAGCCUUCCAGGUGUGGAGUGAUGUCACACCGCUGAGUUUUACACGUCUCUACGAGGGCACUGCUGACAUCAUGAUCUCAUUUGGAAAAAAGAAUCAUGGAGAUCCCUACCCAUUUGAUGGGAAAGACGGCCUGCUGGCACAUGCUUAUCCUCCAGGUGAAGGGAUGCAGGGAGAUGCUCACUUUGAUGAUGACGAAUACUGGACCCUUGGCACUGGACCAGUAAUCAAGACCUACUACGGCAAUGCAGAAGGUGCUAUGUGUAAAUUCCCUUUCCGGUUUGAAGGGAAGUCCUAUUCUACUUGCACCACUGAAGGACGUGAAGAUGGCCUGCCAUGGUGUGCCACAACGGCCGACUUUGGCAAAGAUGGAAAAUAUGGUUUCUGUCCUAGUGAGCUUCUGUUCACAUAUGACGGGAAUAGUGAUGGUCAACCUUGUGUCUUUCCAUUCGUGUUUGAUGGGCAAACAUAUAGCAGUUGUACCACUGAGGGACGUAAUGAUGGGUAUCGCUGGUGUGCUACUACAGCCAACUUUGAUAAGGAUAAGAAAUAUGGGUUCUGUCCUAACCGAGAUACUGCUGUGAUUGGUGGAAAUUCUGAGGGGGAGCCAUGCCAGUUUCCUUUCACCUUCCUGGGGAAAACCUAUACUUCCUGCACAAGUGAAGGCCGUAGUGAUGGAAAACUGUGGUGUGCCACAACCAGCAGUUAUGACAAGGACAAUAAAUGGGGAUUUUGCGCAGAUAAGGGAUACAGUCUGUUCCUGGUGGCAGCCCAUGAGUUUGGACAUGCUCUUGGUCUGGACCAUUCUAACAUUCAGGAUGCUCUGAUGUACCCCAUGUACAAAUAUGUAGCAGACUUCUCUCUGAAUGAGGAUGACAUUGAGGGCAUCCAGUAUCUCUAUGGACCCAAUCGAGGCCCAAAGCCCACUCCACCCAAGCCAUCUACCACUACAUCUUCCCCAGUUUCAACUGCCAAACCCACAAAACCAACUCCAUCCACAACUCCAUCUGUGUAUACGCCUGUGGAACCCUCAGUAGAUCCUUGCCAGGUGGACAAAUUUGAUGUAAUCACAGAGAUCCAGGGAGAGCUCCAUUUCUUCAAGGAUGGAUACUACUGGAAGUCCUCAAGUAAUAAAGAACGCAAAGGUCCUUUCAUGGUUUCUGAGAGAUGGCCUACCCUGCCAGUCAAGCUUGACACUGCUUUUGAGGACCCUGUCACUAAAAAGAUAUACUUCUUUGCAGACACUCAGUUCUGGGUGUUCACUGGACAGGAUGUACUGGGACCACGAAGAAUUGAGAAGCUUGGCUUGCCCGGCACCUUGAAAAAGGUUGAAGGAGCACUGCAGAGGGGAAAUAGCAAGGUGCUGCUGUUCAGUGGGGAGGAAUACUGGAGGCUGGAUCUGAAGACCCAGCAGAUGGAUAAAGGAUAUCCUCGCCACAUUGACAUGACCUUCGGUGGGGUCCCAAUGGAUGCUCACGAUGUAUUCCUUUAUAAAGGACACUUUUACUUCUGUCGAAACAUCUACUACUGGAGAAUGACCAGCAGGCGGCAGGUUGACAGAGUUGGAUAUGUCUAUGAACUGCUGAAUUGUCCCAACUACUGAAUUUGAUUUCAUCAGUCUGAAGUAUUAUAAAGAAAGCACAGCUAACUGAAAUGCAAAACUUAGAUAUGUUUUUUUUUUUUUUCAAAAAGAAAGUACAGUAUUACUAAAAUAAUAGAAACUGUGUUACCAUGUUUUUUUUUAUAUAUAAAGAAAUAUUUGCCUGGAGCAAAUGAUAAAAUUAAUUAAUUUUCAGUAAAUUAAGAUUAUCUUCAUUAAGGAAUGUUAAAAUAUAUUUAGCUUUUUGUAUUUUAUUUCUUUUCCUUAUAGACUAAAUUUGCACAAGUGAAUGUAUUUCACAAUUGUCUAAUUUAUUUAUAAAAUCAGCAGGUUUUUGCUAUUUGAAUAAUUAAAUAAAUUU